AUGUGGGAACUUCACAUCCGUAAGCUCUGCCUCAAUAUCAGUGUUGGGGAGAGUGGAAACAGAAUGACCUGGGUGGCCAAAGUGUUGGAGCAGCUCACAGGCCUAACACCUGUAUUUUCAAAAGCUAGAUACAUCAUCAGGUCCUUUGGUAUCCAGAGAAAUGAGAAGAUUGCUGUUCACUGCACUGUCCAUGGAGCCAAGGCAGAAGAGAUUCUGGAGAAAGGCCUGAAGGUAUGGGAGUAUGAGCUAUGGAAAAAUAGUUUCUCAGAUACUGGAAACUUUGGCUUUGAGAUUCAAGAACACAUUGAUCUGGGCAUCAUAUAUGACCCAAGCAUUGGGAUCUACAGCCUGGACUUCUAUGUGGUGCUGGGUAGGCCAGCUUUCAGCAUCAUAGAUAAGAAGCGCAGGAGACGUUGCAUUGGAGCCAAGCACAGAAUCAGCAGAGUAGGCCAUGCGAUGGUUCCAGCAGAAGUAUGA